CAGGUGAGCUGCCCCAGCCUGCACCGCCGCGGACAGUAGAAACUACCUUGAGUCUGUGAGUUUAGUCCUGGCCCCAGGGAGUGGAUCCAGGCCUGGCCACUGUGGCGGGCGUGGCGCCCCGGGGUUCCUUGCAAGUGAAUGAAGAGAAAACCGGAGAUGCCGGAAAAUCCAGUCACAGACAAACUGCAGGCGCUACAGGUGCUCGAGCGGCUGCGGGCCAAGCUGCAGGACAAGGGCGACACGUCACAGCACGACACACUGACCGCCUUCUGCAAUACGCUGCAGAGCCCGCUCUUCACCCAGAUCCUCACGCUGCAGAAGUCCCUGCGGCAGCUCAAGGGCCAGCUCAGCCACAGCUCCUCAGCGACUUCUGCCAACUUCGACUUCUCCCGAAAGGGCCUGCUUGUGUUCACUGACCUUGCUGCCAACGGGCAUGCAGCCCAGCCCGCCGAUGCCUGUGCGGCUGCCCCGGGGCCCGGGCCCUGCACCCCGAAGCCAGAUGGCGAGGGCUUCAGUGCUGCAGUGGGGCGGCUGGCGCAGGGCCGACAGGUGGAGUGCAUCGACUUGGAGCGGCCGCCCACUGGGGGCCUGGGCUUCAGUGUGGUGGCCCUGCGGAGCCAGCGCCCGGGCGAGGUGGACAUCUUUGUGAAGGAGGUGCAUCGGGGCAGCGUGGCCGACAGGGCUCAGCGGCUGAAGGAAAAUGACCAGAUCCUGGCCAUCAACUACACAGCCCUGGACGGGACAGUCUCCCACCAGCAGGCAGUUGCUCUGCUCCAGCAUAGCACGGGGCCCCUACACCUUGUGGUGGCCCGGGAGCCCAGGCUCCUGAGCAGCGGGACACCCACCAGCCCCGUGUGCGCCGCCGCACCCGAGGAGGCGCGCUGGGGCUGCGUGGAAGAGGUGGAGCUCACCAAUGACGGCUCAGGGCUGGGCUUUGGGAUCGUCGGGGGGAAGUCGAGCGGAGUGGUGGUGAGGACGAUCGUGCCCGGAGGACUGGCAGAUCGGGACGGGAGGCUGCAGACUGGAGACCACAUCCUGGAGAUCGGCGGCACCGACGUGAGGGGCAUGAGCAGCGAGCAGGUCGCCCAGGUGCUGAGGACCUGCGGGAGCGUGGUCAGGAUGCUGGUGGCCCGAGACCCAGUGGGCAGGACCACAGGGACACCCCCCACGCCAGUCACCUCGCCUGUCGCCCUGCCCACUGCCCUGCCUGCCUUGUCCAGCAAGAGCCCUGCCACAGACGGUUCUUCACUUUUUGAAACUUACAAUGUUGAACUCAUUAAAAAAGAUGGACAGAGCCUUGGGAUUAGAAUUGUUGGCUAUGUUGGAACAUCACACGCAGGGGAGCCCACGGGCAUCUAUGUGAAGAGCAUCGUGCCUGGCAGUGCCGCGGAGCAUAGCGGCCAGAUCUGCGUGGACGACCAGAUUGUGGCGGUGGAUGGAGUGGACAUCCAGGGCCUGGCCAGCCAGGACGUCGUGCAGGCGCUGCAGGCUGCAGGCCGUGUGGUGCAUCUCACCCUGCGGCGCAGGAGGACAGCAGUGCCCCUGUCCGAGCAGCCUGCUGAGAGAGGAGCCAGUGUGGGACCACCCACAACACCAGUCCUCUUCCUGACUGGAGCAGUGGACACAGAAACGAACUUGGAUGGCGAAGAAGAACAAGUUGGGGAGGCCGUGGACAUCUGUGAGCAGGAUGGCGUCCGAGCCCCGGGGAGCCUGGAACGAGCCUCAGACUCUCCAGAAAAUGAGCUGAAGUCUCGGUGGGAGAGCCUGCUGGGCCCCGACUACGAGGUCAUGGUCGCCACCCUGCACCCCCAGAUUGUGGACGACGCCGAGCUGCAGAAGUACUCCAAGCUGCUGCCAAUCCACACGCUAAGGCUGGGCGUGGAAGUGGACUCCUUCGAUGGGCACCACUACAUCUCUUCAAUUGCUCCUGGGGGCCCCGUGGACACCCUGAACCUCCUGCAGCCAGAGGAUGAGCUCCUCGAGGUGAACGGAGUGCAGCUCUACGGAAGGUCUCGGCGGGAAGCGGUCUCCUUCCUGAAAGAAGUGCCGCCCCCCUUCACCCUGGUGUGCUGUCGGCGGCUGUUUGAUGACGAGGCCUCUGUGGAUGAGCCAAGGACCUCAGACACCUCCGCUCCCGAGCUGCAGGGUGAGCGGAGCGUUGAUGUCAGUGCCGAUCCCGAAGGGGAUGAUGAGGGAGAGCUGGCCUUGUGGUCUCCAGAGGUCAAGACUGUUGAGCUGGUGAAAGAUCACAAAGGCCUAGGAUUCAGCAUUCUGGAUUACCAGGACCCCUUGGACCCCACGAGGUCGGUGAUUGUGAUCCGCUCCCUGGUUGCAGACGGUGUCGCCGAGAGGAGCGGGGCACUCUUACCUGGGGAUCGCCUGGUGUCUGUCAACGAGUACAGCCUGGAGGACGCCAGCCUCGUGGACGCCGUGGAGGUGCUGAAGGCCGUGCCCCCAGGCACUGUGCAGCUGGGCAUCUGUAAGCCGCUGGUGGAAGAUGAGAAAGAAGAAAGCUGUUACGUUUUGCAAUCAAGCAAUAACGAAGACAAGGCUGAAUUUCCGGGAGCCAUCCGAGACCCAGAGCUGCCGCUCCUCCUGGAGGCCCCCCAGGGAUUUCGAGAUGAACCACACUUUAGAGAAGAGCUUGUGGACGAACCCUUCCUAGACUUGGGGAAGACUUUCCGGUCCCAGCUAAAGGAGAUCGACAACAGUCCGGAGGCCUGGGAGAUGCAGGAGUUUCUGAGCCCAAUGCUGCAGGAUGUGGGAGAGCAGAGGGAGCUGCUGGCAGACGAGGAGUACGUGCUAUACCAGCACCGCCUUCGCGCCCUGGAGCUGCCCUCCUCGCCCGCGCCUGCUUGCCCGGAGCUGCACUCAGGCGCACAGUGGUUACCUGACGACUGUUCCCGUGGCACGGAGUCCCCAGAUGCCAGGUCCCUGCGGAGUUUGUACUCCCCCAGCAUGCAGCAGUACAUGAUGGAAGAGCAGUUGGGCAUCGAUGUCCUCCAGCCCCAGCUUCCGAUGGAGGCGGGCAGUCCACACAGCAGAUACGACGACCCGGAACAUCUCAGUUCGUUAGCAGAAAGCAGCCUGGACUUAGGUGUGCCGGCUCCAGACCACGACCUAGGCCCGAGCCCACCUCCGGACCUUCCCUCCGGGCCUCGGAGGCGGGACCGCGAGCUGCCUCCGUACCAGCCGCCCAGGCCCCGAGCGGCAGCGAGGCCCCCGGGCGCCUGGUCCUCCAGACACCCCGCCCUUGCCCGAGAAUUGCCUGAGAGAGAAGAAGGUGAAGGAGAAGAGACGCCGAGCUUCAGCCACUGGGGUCCCCCAAGGAUCGUGGAGAUUUUCAGAGAACCCGGCGUGUCUCUGGGCAUCAGCAUCGUCGGUGGACAGACAGUCAUCAAGCGCCUGAAGAAUGGCGAGGAGCUGAGGGGCAUAUUCAUCAAGCAGGUCCUGGGGGACAGCCCAGCCGGGAGGGCCAGCGCGCUGAAGACCGGAGACAAGAUCCUUGAGGUGUCUGGUGUGGACCUGCAGAAUGCCACUCACCAGGAGGCCGUGGAGGCCAUCAAGAAGGCGGGGAACCCUGUGGUGUUCGUUGUUCAGAGCCUCUCCUCCACACCGAGAGUCAUUCCUAAUCCUCAAAACAAGGGCAGCAAAGUGGACAGCACCCCGGAUCAAGACCCCAAAGAAAGAAAGGAAAAGUGGCAAGGAGCAGCCCCGCCGCCCAUGAAGCUGCCUCCCCCAUACCGAGCCCCAGCUGAGGCUGAGGAAGAGGAGCAGGAGGAAGAGGAGCAGGAGGAAGAGGAGCAGGAGGAAGAGGACCCCGCCCAGCCCGACGAAAAAAUCAGGCAGAGAUAUGCAGACCUGCCCGGCGAGCUGAACAUCAUUGAGCUGGAGAAGGACAGGCGGGGGCUGGGCCUCAGUCUGGCGGGCAACAAGGACCGGUCCCUCCUGAGCGUCUUCGUGGUGGGGAUCCACCCAGGGAGCCCUGCAGCUACCGACGGGAGGCUGCGUGUGGGAGAUGAGCUCCUGGAGAUAAACAAUCAGAUUCUGUACGGGAGAAGCCAUCAGAACGCAUCUGCCAUCAUCAAGGCGGCCCCAGGCAGAGUGAAGCUGGUGUUCAUCAGAAAUGAAGAUGCUGUCCACCAGAUGGCCGUGCCCCCACUGCCGUCCAGCUCCCCGUCCUCCCCCGAGGAUGUGAGCAGCCUAGAGCCUGUCAGUGGUGAAGGCGACAGAGGUCUGGAGGCCGGCGCUGAGCCGCUAACCGACAGCCAACACUCUGAAUCGGACGCCAGUGAGGGGGACAAGCAGCACAGUGCUCUCGAAGCCUGGCCCGUUUCACGGGAGGAGCCGUCAGUGCCAGCUCUGGCAGAGGCCUCCGUCGCCUGCUACGGUGGCCCCCAGCUUCCGCUAUCUGUGGACCCUGCCUCGUGCCCCAUCAUCCCUGGACAGGAAAUGGUCAUAGAAAUCUCCAAGGGCCGCUCCGGGCUGGGGCUGAGCAUCGUGGGAGGCAGAGACACGCCGCUGGGCGCUAUCGUCAUCCAUGAGGUGUAUGAAGAAGGCGCAGCAGCCAGAGAUGGAAGACUUUGGGCCGGAGACCAGAUCCUAGAGGUGAAUGGCGCGGACCUGCGGAGCUGCAGCCAUGAGGAGGCCAUUGUGGCGCUACGGCAGACCCCGCCCAAGGUGCGGCUGGUGGUGUUCCGGGAUGAGGCCCAUUACCGGGACGAGGACAACCUGGAGGUCUUCCCAGUGGACCUGCACAAGAAGGCCGGCCGUGGGCUGGGCCUGAGCAUCGUGGGGAAGCGGUAA